AUGGCAUCCACAGGUGGCAAAUCCAGAUUGAAAACAUUCUCUAAGUACCUAAGCAGCUACAAAAACAAGCGCUCUAUUGGACCGCUUCACACGUGCGGAUCUGUCGCAGUCUCUGGUGAUGGGAGCAGACUCGUUACUUGUGUUGCAGAGGAAGCCGUGCUCACCAAUCUUUUGACGGGCGAAGAAAUAUGUCGAUUUGCAGGGGACACUCAAUCGAUCACUUCGCUGUGCUUGACCCCAUCGACUUUGCAACUGAUCGUAUUCACUUCUGCUCCUUCUUUGCGUGUAUAUGACAUCCCCACUGCUGUCACAAAAAAUAAAAUCCAUCCCAUUCGGGUGGUUGCUCGUGCACAUGAUGCUCCCGUACACGUCUGCACCGUCGAUCCAUCCUCCACCUAUCUUGCUUCGGGCUCUGCGGACGGCGUUGUCAAGGUUUGGGACAUCAAACGUGGCUACGUCACUCACAUUUUCAAAGGGCAUGGCGGCAUUGUGAGCGCGUUGAAGUUCAACUUCCCCCGAGACCCUUCUGUUGUAGUCCCACAAAAUAUACUCCAACUCAUAACGGCUUCCAUGGACACUCGCAUCCGGAUAUUUGAUUUAACGGCGACUGCGAGCAAGGCCAAGGACCAAGGUGCACUACGUCCGAUCGCUGUUCUCGAAGGGCACGUUUCUGUUCCUCGGGGUUUGGAUGUGACUCCUGACGGAAAAUGGCUUAUAAGCGGGGGAAGAGAUUCCGUUGUUUUGGUGUGGAACUUGCACGCGAAGUCAACUGGAGCGAAAUCUGCCGAAAAUGCUAAGGGGAAAGGAAAAGGCCAUUCUCCUGCACUGGCUCAAACUAUUCCUGUUAUGGAACGAGUUGAGGCAGUUGGGUUGUUGCAGCCCGGGGACUUGGUUCCCGGUAGCAGCGCUUCCCAACUGCGUUUCUAUACUGCUGGGGAGAAAGGCAUCAUCCGAAUAUGGGACGUACAAGGCUCAUCCGUCUUAUAUUCCCUCAGCCAGGAUCAAGAGGAGCAGCGUCAGAUCUUAGAAGCUAUCUACUUGCCGUCAAUAUCGACAAUCGUCUCCGUACAUGCAGACCAGAAUAUCCUGUUCUACGAUCUGAACACCCGAAAGCUCACCCGGCAACUUAUCGGUUUCAACGACGAGAUCGUUGAUGCGAUCUUCCUGUCUCCAAAUGCACCCAAAUCUGUCGAUUCCCACAUCGCAUUCGCUACAAAUUCAUCCCUCAUCCGUGUUUAUUCAACUGCAGGGCUAGAUGCGCGGCUUUUAAGUGGGCACACAGAAAUAGUGUUAUCACUUGACCGUGGCGCGGGAGGGAAACUCUUUGCGAGCGGAAGCAAAGAUCGCUCCGUUCGAUUAUGGGCGCCUGCAUUUUCGAACGACGACCUGUCGACGGAGUGGGGCUGUGUUGCUAUUUGCGAAGGUCAUGCAGAAAGCGUGGGCACCAUCGCAAUGUCACGAACUUCCGACGAAGGUGGCACCACGGGUGUGCAAUUCAUGUUCAGCGGCAGUCAGGACCGCACGAUCAAGAUGUGGUAUACCGGCGACGUUCCGCUGGUUUUCGAUGCCUCUCAGCAUGGCCAAACCCCUAUGAAGUGCAAGAGUUUGACCACUCAUAAAGCACACGAGAAAGACAUUAAUUCUCUCGAUAUCGCGCCCAACGACCGCCUCUUGGCAUCUGGAUCGCAAGACCGCACAGUUAAAGUAUAUGAAAUUGAUUUUUCACGUGCAACUGGGGAUCGCUCUGCCCAUGGAGAAAUCAAGCUACUUGGAACCUGUAAAGGCCACAAGCGAGGCGUUUGGACGGUCAAGUUUGGUCGCACGGAGCGCGUCCUCGCAACGGGAAGCGGGGAUAAAACCGUAAAACUGUGGAACUUGGAGGAUUUCACUUGCGUGAAAACGUUCGAGGGACAUACCAACUCGGUGUUGAGAGUUGAUUUUAUCAAUCACGGCAUGCAGCUCGUUUCAUCAGCAUCGGACGGCCUUGUCAAAAUGUGGAAUGUACGCGAAGAAGAGUGUAUAGCCACCAUGGACAAUCACGAGGACAAAGUUUGGGCACUUGCCGUCAGCACAGAUGAGCGAACGAUUGUGUCCGCAGCAGCGGACUCUGUAGCGACAUUCUGGCAAGAUUGCACUGAGGAACAGGAACGGGAGAACGAAACUAAACGUGCGGAGCUGGUCUUGAGGGAGCAAGAUUUCAUGAACUAUCUGUCCCUUCAUGACUAUCGCAAAGCUAUACAACUCGCCCUCGCUAUGCAACAGCCUGGGAGAUUGUUAUCCCUGUUUAAAGACAUUCGUGCCACCCCGUCGGAAUCCGCAGCUGAUGCAUCAUCGGUAACUGGCAACGGCGCAGUCGACGAGGUACUCCGGACCCUCGGCGGGUCUGAUCUUGCCCGCCUGUUGCGCUAUGUUCGUGACUGGAAUCCCAAUACUAAAACAAGCGGAGUGGCGCAGGGGGUGUUGUAUGCAGUCAUGAAGCUGAGAUCGGCGGACGAUGUCAUAGCGGCGUUUACUGAAGAAGCCCAGGAAGGUAUCUUACAGUCCUCUGGUCAAAAGAGCACGAAAAGUAUUGGGAGCGGCAAUACUGCACUGAAGGAACUCGUCGAUGGUAUGAUUCCAUACACCGAACGGCAUCUUUCCAGAAUGGACCGCCUUGUUCAGGACAGUUUUGUGGUGGACUACAUCCUGAGCGAGAUGGAUGACGGAAUGUUUGAUGGUCAGGACGUAAAUAUCAUGGACGUAGAUACGGAGAUCAGUUCAUAG